UGCAUCACACAUCCUCCGCAGAUCACCUAUCACCUGCUCUUUUAAAAUUGUAAAAAACAAAAUGAAAUCGUUCGUGGUUUUAGCCGCCUUCCUGGCCGUGGCGUACGCUGCACCUCAAUUCCAGUACCAACCACAACACUCACAGGGACAGGCAAUCCCUAUCCUCAGGCAGUCGCAAGAAGUCAACUUUGAUGGCUCUUAUCAAUACAGUUACGAGACUGGCAAUGGUAUUGCUGCGCAAGAACAGGGCUAUCUAAAGAACGCCGGGGUCAAGGAUGCCGAGACUCAGGUCGCACAGGGCUCCUUCAGCUACACCUCGCCAGAGGGCAUUCCCAUCACACUCAGCUACAUCGCCGAUGAGUACGGUUUCCGAGCUGAAGGUGCCCAUCUGCCCACGCCACCUCCAAUCCCGGAGGCCAUCGCUCGUGCGCUCCAAUAUAUACAGUCCCAGCCCCAACAAGCUCAGCCCUUCAGAGGCUAACUAACAGAAUGGCACGAUCUAUGACAUCAUCAGGAUACUCAACUCAAGCUUGUAUUGUUUGUACAAGUCUACAUUCAUCGUUAAGUCUUAAUAUAAGAUUUAUUGUUACUUUGAUCUAUAUACAUAUGUACUUUAUUUAAAAUAACGUAAAAUAAAUGUUUAAACUUUAUUUCAUU